AUGAAGGAUAAGGAGAAAGAAAAGGAAACCGAGAAGAAGAAGUACCCCAUUGGACCCGAACAUUACCUUCUCUAUGAAGAGAUUGGACAGGGUGUUAGUGCUUCUGUUCACCGCGCUCUCUGUCUCCCCUUCAACGAGGUCGUCGCCAUCAAAAUCCUCGAUUUUGAACGUGACAAUUGUGAUCUGAAUAAUGUUUCUCGUGAAGCCCAAACAAUGAUCCUGGUGGACCACCCUAACGUCCUGAAAUCACACUGCUCCUUCGUCAGCGACCAUAAUCUGUGGGUUGUGAUGCCAUUCAUGGCCGGCGGUUCAUGCCUUCACAUAUUGAAAGCCGAACAUCCUGAUGGUUUUGAGGAGGUUGUUAUAGCAACCGUUCUCAGAGAGGUCUUGAAGGGUUUAGAGUAUCUUCAUCAUCAUGGCCACAUCCACAGAGACGUCAAGGCUGGCAACAUUCUCCUCGAUUCACGCGGUGCUAUCAAGCUUGGCGAUUUUGGUGUUUCUGCUUGCCUUUUUGAUUCUGGUGACAGGCAACGCACCAGGAAUACAUUUGUCGGAACACCUUGCUGGAUGGCACCCGAGGUCAUGGAGCAAUUGCAUGGUUAUAACUUCAAAGCUGACAUCUGGUCGUUUGGUAUAACUGCAUUGGAGCUUGCCCAUGGUCAUGCUCCUUUCUCAAAGUUCCCACCCAUGAAGGUACUGCUUAUGACUUUGCAAAAUGCACCCCCUGGCCUUGACUACGAAAGGGAUAGGAAGUUCUCUAAGUCAUUUAAGCAGAUGAUUGCUAGUUGCUUAGUAAAAGAUCCUUCAAAGCGACCCUCUGCAGGCAAGUUGUUAAAGCAUUCCUUCUUUAAGCAGGCUCGCUCCAGUGAUUAUAUUUUACGAACACUUUUGGAGGGGCUGCCUGCUUUAGGUGAUCGGGUGGAGGCUAUAAAGAGAAAAGAAGAAGAUAUGCUUGCACAAAAGAAAAUGCCUGAUGGGAAGAUGGAGGAAUUAUCACAGAAUGAAUACAAACGAGGAAUUAGUGGCUGGAACUUCAAUAUUGAAGAUAUGAAGGCUCAGGCUUCCUUGAUCCACGAUUUUGACGACGCUAUAUCGGAUAUCAACCACGUAGCAAGUUCAAGCUCUUUAUCUGCACUUGAUGCACAAGAUAAGCAAUUGCCAAGUGCAAUUCAUAACCCUUCUCCAACUGCUGAUAUGGAAGAUAAUGGUGAGAUGCAAAAUCAACCAGCUUCAGUUGCAGUUGGUGAUUCGACAGUAAAUGAUGCCAAGACUAGUAUUGAAAAAUCUGGAGAUGUCUCUAGCAUCACCAGUUCAAGCCAUGAAGCACAAACUUCUUCGACCUAUCUUGAUGAUCAUGUGGAACAUAAUUUGGGGGAAAAAUCUGAUAUGGAAAGUGGUGGAAGAUCCAUGGAGGGCAUGGCUACCCAUUCUCAUCAUAGAAGAGGAUGCUCAUCAAGCAUCUUACCUGAAGCUACUGUUCCACCUAUUCGACUAGAAAGUGAGAAGCUACAAAAUCUGCCCCAGAACAUUUCAAGUUGCAAUGCAACUUCCGUUUCACAGACAGGAGAGGAUGUGCUUACUGAACUUCCUUCUAGAAUCUCAAAAUCAUCAGCUAAUUCUGAAGACACUGAUGAGAAAGCAAAGAUACCAGUUGUUCAACAGAGAGGACGUUUUAAGGUUACAUCUGAGAAUGUUGACCCAGAAAAGGUGAUUUUCUUUCAGGUGGCCCCUACUCCUGUACUGCAAAAGAGUCACAGCAUGCAGGUUUUUGGCCAGCAUAAUGCUGCUCCACUACCUUCACCUUUACCAUUAUUAUCAGCAUCUGAUGCUGCAACAUCAAAUCUUUCUGGCUGUUCUCUGUUCCCUUUGCUGCACUCUCUGCUGCAGACAAAUGUUAUUCAAAGGGAAAGCAUUUUAAGUUUAAUGAAGCAAAUUACUACUGGUGACUCUACAGCUGAUGGCACAUGUACCCCCGCACAGAUAGUAGCAAUUGAGAAAUCUUCACUUGAAGCAGCUCACGAUAGGGAGAAGGAGUUACUUCAUGAGAUAACUGAGUUGCAGUGGAGGCUCAUAUGUACCCAAGAGGAGCUUCAAAAAUCGAAAACAGAAAACGCCCAGGUUAGUAUCAACAUAUAUUGUUCCCAAUAUUCGAGUAUCAUAUUUUGGAUUAUGUAUUUGACAUUUUAA